AUGGAACAAAACGCUCCUCGAUACUCGCAAGCUACUCUAGUCAGCCGACUCAAGAGUCAGGCUCAGUCAGAAGAUCCCACGAAAAGCAGUUUCUUGACAUCUACCUCUAAGACACGCUCUGACAGAACGCAGAUCACCAAAACUGCCACGGUCCGCGACUCCGACUUCGAAGAUACUCAGUUACUUCCGCGGGGGAUUGAGAUAGUAAGAAGCGGGCGUUGGAAUGUGGGAGGAGCUUACGGCCAUUUUGGCUCCGAGACACCUUUGAACGCCGCCAGAUCACGCGAAUUUUACCGAUCCAUCGUUCGAAAAGCCCUUGCAGGAAGAGCUGACUGGGACAUAGACAGUUCGAUAUUCCUGCCCAUGGACGUCGACUUCAUCACAUCUGUGCUCACGACGUAUCGUAUUAUGAGACAGGAAGAAGCUUUGGAAUCCGACUUUAAGACAUAUGCUAUUCAGAAGCUGUUCAUAGGGCCAUACGCUGUCUUAGAACAUAAUGUUGCAAGACAGCUUAGUGCGGUACGGUGGGCCGGCUACACCAUACGAAUACUUGAUAGUGGGAAGUGUCGGGAUGAACAAGGAGUUACGGAAUUACUUCAAUGGAUCAACGAAAUUCAUCGAUGGGGCCUCUGCGAGUACGCUCUCGGAUGUGAGGAGGAUAUCAAACAGAUUCUGAACCAAGCUUCGGGCAAUCUCAGAAUGUCCGGAACUGUGGAGAAAGUCUAA